UUCAUCUUCAGGAGGAGACAAGCCCUGGAUGUAUGAUGCUGAUUAUUUCUGCACACUAUCCAUUCUACUAAUUGUCUUAAACACUCGACCGGACAGAGGCAAGAGGAAAUAGCCAGUCAGCGGUGUUUGACCAGGAUGGACCAAAACGACUCAAGUUCCUCUUGGGCGAAUUACAACGACUGUGCUCCACUCUGACGUCUCGCCACUUCGCAAUGUGAACUUGUGAAGAUAUUUGUUGCAGGAUUAGGGCUCAUCAGGAGGCAGCAGAUGAAAGUUGAAAAUGGCCCAAAAGAUAAUAGUUCUGGACUGAUGGGAGCUCCUCCAAGGUCAUUCAGUAGACCACCCAACUCUAUUUCUACUUUCUUCUUGGGAGCUCUGUGGCUUCUCUCCACCAUGGUGAACAUCACACAAGCUUGCCCAAAAAGCUGCCAUUGCGCCGACAGGAACGGUGCUGUGGUUCAGUGUACCUCACGUAACCUGGAGAACAUCCCCUCAAAUUUGCCCCAGAACACUGUGGUUCUCCUGCUCUCUUCCAACCGGAUCAGACACGUCCCCAAGGAGGCCUUCGUGGACCUCCACCGCCUCAGGGAGCUGGACCUUUCCCACAACCUCAUUGAAAGUUUGGAGGUUGGCGCCUUCCAGGGAAAUUCAGAGGGCUUGAGGACGUUGGACCUUUCAAACAACCAUCUCAGCAGUCUGCCUAAGGAAACCUUCUCCAAACUCCACGCCCGGGUGCGCUUGUCCAACAAUCCCUGGCACUGCGAGUGCUCUUUGCAGGAGAUACUGAGGGAGCUGAGACUCGACCCGGAGACGGUCAACGAGGUGAGCUGCUACACGUCGGUGCAGGAGGAGUACGUGGGGCAGCCGGUGAUCCAGGUUCUAGACUCAGGUAUCAACUUUUGCAAUUUCCACCAGAAGACGACGGACGUGGCAAUGUUUGUGGCCAUGUUCUGCUGGUUCUCCAUGGUGACCGCUUACAUCAUUUACUACAUCCGGCACAACCAGGAGGAUGCUAAAAGGCACAUGGAGUACCUCAAGUCCCUGCCCAGCAGCUCCCAUAUCAGCAAGGACUUUGAUGCGGCCAGCAGUGUGUUUUAAAAAAGUUGCACCUAUGAAUAUAGAUGAGUGUGCAUUGAUGCAUAUAGAUGAAGGCCAAGUAGUGAAUAUGUUUGUGGCUUAGAGGUAAGCGAUAAAAACCUACAGUGGUACUGUGCACAUGUCAUAAGUAGCAGU